GGAAGUGACUUUGACCGGCGCGAAAACGCCCGGUAUUUAACCCGUAACUUACUCGCCAUCACACCAGGAACGUUUUACGUUGCAGUAGUUUUAAUUUUCGGGGUUUAGCCUUAUGACCAUGAGUGAAAAGAUUAAGAAGGUGAACAGCUGGUUGGGGGCAGUGUUUGGGGAUCAGCCGGUGCCGCAGUUCGAGGUGAACACCAGGACGGUGGACGUACUGUACCAGCUGGCUCGGUCCAGUGAAGCCCGCUGCAGCGAUGCUGCUCUCCUCAUAGAAGACUACAAGCAGAAAGCAUCCGAGUAUCAGGCUGACGCUGCUCAUCUGCAGGAUGUUCUGCUGCACAGCGUCGGCCUGUCCGAGGCCAGCUUGUCAAAGCAGGCUGCGGACUACGUGUCCGCUCUGGUGGACAACGCUAUGGUGCUGGGAGUGAGAGACACGUCGCUGAGCAGCUUCAUGCCAGCAGUCAACAACCUCACCAGCGACCUCCUGGAAGCCGAGAAGUCAAACAGAAGACUUGAGAGAGAAUUAAUGGCUGUCCGCAAAAGGCUGGGUGCGACUCUGGUGCUGCGGGGAGAAUUACAGGAGAAUAUCGACAAAACCUCCAGAUUUCAAGCGGCGGAGGCUGCGAAAGCAGAGGAGAGGCUGCUCAACAUGGACUUUGUGACGGCCAAAGCUCGAGAGCUGAGCAACAGACUGGAGAGGUUGGAGACUCAGCUUGUAUCCAGGAACAUGGACAAGUCUGUCACCCACCAGGCCAUUGUGCAGCUUUCCGAGGAAGUCGGCGCGCUGAAAAACGAAAUAAUCCCCCUGCAAAAGAAGCUGGAGCCGUACAUGGACCUGAGCCCUAACCCGUCUCUUGCACAAGUGAAGAUAGAAGAAGCAAAAAGAGAACUAGCUGCUCUUGAUUCCAAACUUGAGACGAAGGUGGAUUUUAAAUGAAAAUGAAUGUUGCCUUCAUCUCGUGUUUUUUGUGUGUCCCACAGCCUGCCAUUAAAAGCCAUGUCUAAUGAAAA